AUGAUGGAAGACUACACAAUUGUCACCGAGGACACCAAAUCGUAUAUGGAUAACUUGUUGGAGCAGUUUUUGCAGGAUGAUACAGUGCAACGUAUCCAUCCGGGAUCAUCGACCUCCCCAUCACCUGCUCCCAUCCUCCACACCCAACCAACCGUCGCCGCCGCCACUGGUCAACCACAAUCUCGGGCGGAUUCGGAAAUCGACGAGGUGAUCAGAAGUCUCAAAAAAGAAACCGCUCAAAACGGAGUGCCAGUGUCAGAACAACAACCCGAUCAGGACCUUCGAAAACUGUUGGGAAUGGACGAUGGACAGUGUGAGGAGGUGAUUGCGACGGUGUCCACGGGGGGCGGAGCCAUCAUUGGAGGGGCGGAGCCUAUUCAGCAGCAGCCACAACAGCAGAUUAUGAUGAAUCCGGAUGAGGAGAAACAAGUCACUUCGAGUUCUGGAAGUGCGAAAAAACGAAAAAUGGAGGAGGCGUUGAUGAUGAAGCCGAUGGAAAUGCCGCCAGGAUUGAAUAGUGGAAAAUUCCCAAUGUCGAUUCUGUCUGCAAUCCGGCGCCCACCACCACCACAACUUCAUACACCACAUCAUCUUCCUCAUCAUCCUCACCAUCUCUUAUCCGCCGCCGCCACGUCAUCGCCACCUACAGUACUCCCACCUACCGUACUCCUCAACCAGCCGAUGAUCCAACAAGGAGGUGUCCCGGCGAUCCCGGCGAAGUAUAACGCACAGGCGGUGCAAAUUUUGGAUUUCGAGGCGAAAGUGUUGUAUAAUCAGUCGUUGCACUCGACUAUUGCUAGGGAAGACGCGAUGUGCACCUACUACCGUAUGAAAUCUCGAAAAAUGGAAUUGGAGAUCAAAAAGUUGGAACGAGAGCUCGGCGAAGAGCAGGACGAUCCACAGGAUGAAUAA